AUGAGCCAAAAACUACGUGAUCUAAUUCGUGGUGUACGUGCUAGUAAAACAGCAGCUGAGGAACGCGCUGUUAUUGCAAAAGAGAGCGCAUUAAUCCGUACAGCUUUUAAAGAUCAGGACAAACAAUAUCGUCAUCGUAAUGUGGCGAAACUUUUGUUUAUCCACAUGCUUGGGUAUCCCUCUCAUUUUGGUCAAAUGGAGUGUGUGAAACUCAUUGCGAGUCCGUAUUUUGCUGAAAAGAGAAUGGGGUAUUUGGGCCUUAUCUUACUAUUGACGGACCAAGAAGAUGUACUGACUCUUGUGACAAAUUCUGUUAAAAAGCACGUAAUUGACCUCAACAACCAAAACCAUUUUAUUGUAGCCUUAUCGCUCACAGCUGUGGGUAAUGUGGCGUCGGCGGAUAUGGCACGGGAUUUGGUCAUGGAUGUGGAUCGUCAUUUACGUAGUGACAAUGAUCAUUUACGUAAAAAAGCGGCGUUGGCAGCUAUUCGAGUGUUUACAAAGGUGCCGGAUUUGGUCGAAGACUUUACUGAAUCAAUUGUGAGCCUGCUGCGUGCCAAACAUCAUGGUGUACUGCUUGCGGGGGUGCAACUGAUUACGGAAGUGGUGUUGCUCGAUUCGGAAAACUUGAAGAGAUUUAGCAGCCUCGUGCCGAAACUUGUACGUCAGCUUCGAAACUUGCUGUCCAUGGGAUACUCGAGCGAGUACGAUGUUAGUGGUAUCGCCGACCCGUUUCUACAGGUGGCAAUCUUGAAGCUUUUGAGGCUGCUGGGCAAGGGUAAUGAAGAAGCCAGCGAGGCGAUGAAUGAUGUUUUGGCGCAAGUGGCGACGAACACCGAGACUGCAAAGACGGCUGGCAACGCGAUUCUUUACGAAUGCGUGCAGACUAUCAUGACUAUUGAGAGCGACAGCGGGCUCCGUGUGCUAGCAAUCAACAUUCUGGGACGGUUUCUGCUGAACCGUGACAACAAUAUUCGAUAUGUAGCACUUAAUACGUUGUCAAAGGUUGUGACAGACGAUGUGGCGGCGGUGCAGCGUCACACUAAUACCAUCGUAGACUGUCUGAAGGAUCCAGAUAUGUCCAUUCGUCAGCGUGCGCUUGAGCUCAUCUACUCACUUGUCAACUCUUCUAACAUUCAGUCGCUUGCUCGUGAGAUGCUUAACUACCUCGUGAUUGCUCCGAAUGACCAAAAGCCCGAGUUGUGUUCAAGGAUUGCUGAUGCGGUUAAUCGGUACGCACCUUCAAGCCGAUGGCACAUCGACACGUUGAUAACAAUGCUUUCAAUUGCUGGUUCGACGCUGCCAGACGAGCGGAUAUGCAGCUCACUCAUCACGCUUAUCCAGCGUAACACCGAUCUGCAUGCAUACGUGGUCCACAAGCUCUUUUGGGCACUUCGCAAUGACGUUUCUCAGUUGUCUCUUGUCCACGUUGGUAUCUGGUGUGUUGGUGAGUACAGCAAACUUCUGCUGCUGGAUGCCCCCGCAUCGGAAGACACGUUAACUGGCAAGAACCAUGUGGACGAGAGUAGUAUCGUAGAACUCUUCAGAACAAUUCUGGGUCACCAUGCAUCGACGGAAAUUACGCGGGCGUAUUCAUUGAAUGCUAUGGUGAAACUCACGACACGUUUUAGCUCGCAGACUGAGAUUGCCAAGCUACACUCGAUGAUUUCCUCCUUCAACACAUCUAUGGUGCUUGAGCUCCAGCAGCGUGCUACGGAGUACACGACGCUUGGCCACCCUCAGUGGUGUUCUCUUCGCAAUGAUGUUCUAGUUGGCAUGCCCGCAAUCGAUGCAUCUAAGGUGCGCAGCCGCAAUGAUAAUCUUGCGUCGUCGGCCAUGGCCGACCUUCUGGGCGACGAAGACAUGGGAGCGAGCUCAAGCAGCGGGAAUGCCGCGGCUGCAUCAUCGAUACCUGUUCAAGCUGCACAGUCGAGCGCUAGUGCUAGUCUAUUGGACCUGGACGACAUUUUUGGUGGCGGUGCAUCUACAUCGAGCAUUGGAACAGAUUUCUCGGCUUCCUCUUCCGCUCCACCUGCACCUCCCACUGUAGACUUGCUAGCCGAUAUUUUCUCCAGCGGUUCGGCCGCGCCAGCUCCAGUAGCUGGUUCAAGCAACGGUGGUGUGGCUACCGCAGGAGCCGAUGAUUUGCUAGGACUAAUGGGCUUUGGCGCGCCUGCUCCAAAAUCGGCGCCUUCUGCAGCGAACCCGCGAGUGCGCGCGUACGAGAAGAACGGUCUCACUGUUGACUUGCAGAUCACGAAGCCAAACCCUGACGACAAGUCCGUGACAUACAUUACGGCUUGUAUUCAAAACUCUACAGCCCUAUCGAUCGAGAAGUUUGUGUUCCUGGCCGCGUUCCCGAAGUACGUCAAACUGAAAAUGGAGCCUCCUACAGGUGAUGUGGUGCCACCGAACAACAGCGGCGCAGUCACUCAGGUUGUCAAGAUCCAGAACAGUUUGCAGGGAGAGAAACCCGUGCUGAUGAGGAUUAAGCUCGAGUUUUUUGUAAAUGGCAGCAAAGUGGAGGACAUGGCAACUGUGAACAACUUUCCGUCCGACAUUUAG